GGGCAGUUAUGUCCGGUGAAUUCCAGUUGUACAGUGCAUAGGACUGCUUAUCGUGUUUACUUCGGGUGGUGGGCGGUGACGUUCAAUCCAUUGGAGGGGGACCCAGGGAAAGAAAGAGCAUACACUAAACCCGAUCAAGCGAUAAGCAUCUAAUCUCCGCCAUCUUGGAUUGUGAUCUCCAAAUCGCAUCCAACAAUACCUCCCGGCACUCCAACCACAAACCAUUGAAACACAAAAGUCAAAGCACCAAUAGCACCCCCAAAAGGGAACGAAAAGAGGAAAAUGGCCACCCCAACGCAAGAACAGCUCAAAACCCUCGAACAAUCCCGCCAGCGACUGGUCCAGCUCACGCGCUCGCUGGCGUCCCUAAUCACAAGUCUAAAUCAAAGUGAUCCUCUGCCAUCCUGGUCCUCUCUCCAAUCCCAAGCUAGCAUCAUCUCAAACAACCUCCUCAGCGUCUCCGACCACCUCUCCGACAACCGCGAUCUCCUGACCUCACUUGUCGCUUAUCCGGGCCCUGACUAUCCAGGUCGUACGCAGGCCAACACGCUCGAACAGCUUCUUCGGACGAAGCUUGACCCCCGCGUCGAGGACUGGGUUGCGCGCGGUCGCAAGGCGGGCGCGUCUGCGCUGGAGGAUAAAUCCGGGCUGGCGGAGGCGGAACUGGCGGAGUUGUGGGAUUGGGCGCCCGUGGAGGCGAAUCAGGAGGCAAGACGGAGGGAUUGGGGAGGGAAUUUUACGCUCGAGGAGAGGGAGAUGGGUGUGCAGAAUGUUGUUACGGGGUUGGCGAGGGUGUUGGAGGAUGAGGGGAGUGAGAGUGAGGAUGAGGAGGAAGGGGAAGAGGAUGAGAUGGAGAUUGUCGGUGUUAGGAGGCAGUCUGCUGGGGCUGGGUUUGAGUUUGAUAUUGCGCCUGCUUCGGCUGCACAGCAUCAUCAGCAGAAGUUUGUGGAGCCUGCGGUUCCGUUGGAGGAUAUUUUGAGGUUUAUGACUACUGGGGCGGAGCCGGGGAAGAGGUAAUACUUUGGAAUGAUAGUUUGAGAAGUUACG